UCAACAAAAAAAAUCCAUACAAAAUAAUGACGAAAGAUAUUGAAAUAAUAAGGAGCGAAUCUGAUGACGAGGAGGAUCUAGCAUUUGAGAUAAGCAGCAGUAUCAUAAUAAGUGGUACUGCUAAUCACACCGAAAAGCAAUACAAAGUCAUAACGAAAGACAUUGAUAUGAUGAGUAGCGAAUCUGAUGAUGAUGAUCAAGCAAGUAAAUCUAGAUUACUACGUGCAGACCAGGUUAGGUCAAAUUCACUUGAUCGGUUUAUGAGACGUGCUGAGAAAGUUUGGGCAGUUUCCACCAUGGAAAAGGAAGAAGAUGAAUCUCAAAAGCCUAUAAUACUGGAGACUAAUCAGGGACCAGUAGACGAAAGAGUUGGUGAUAUGGUGCAGUUGGGACAAAACAACUAUUUCAUAGUUGACAUCUUCGAGAAAGAGAUCAUUGAGUUGGGAGACAAAGUGGAUCUAAACUUCAAGACAUUCAACAACUUCGAAGCUGUUGAUGGAGGCGCUCCUUCGGAUCACCACUUCUACAACCACAGGUGUUGUUACUCCUCUUGCUUCCGCCUCUGCUUCUGCACAGACAUUGAUGUAGAGAGAGAGUGGGUAAUUCUAAAGAGACAACUAGACUUGUGGGAGAAGAAGAAGGAAGAUGGUUCAAAAAGAGUCAGCUUCUGUGUGAGAACUUACCGUCAGAGAAAAGAGCUGAUGAGAGUUGCUGCAACCGUGACAAACGGUGGUGAUCAGAGUCACAGCUUGUUGUUCUUUGACAUUAAGUUCCCUAAGAGGUAUCCAUAUCAAGCACCGAGUUUCUUCUACCAUACAUAUGGUCUUCCUUUGAGUAAUCUUGGAACCCAAAAGAAACUGAGACCUGAACGCCGUUACAACGUAUUAGAUGUGUUCCUCCACAUUGAAGAGAUUGUGAUGAUGAACACCAACAAGUCAUAUAAUCAGAUGGUGGAUAUGCUGAAACGCCCUCUCAUGGGGUUUGAGGAUUUUGUAAAGGGGCACUUCAGGAAGAAGGGGGCUUUCAUUCUGAGGAACAUGAUGGAUGAGAUGGAUUUGGGCAAUGAGAGGGAUAAUAAGUACAUGUUCUUGAAGACGUACAUUGCCUUUGAAGACAAUAAAGCUUAUUGUGAGCAUCUUCUCAACAGUGAUCUUAAAGAAGUGCUGAAGAGGUUCAAGGAGAAAGAGUCUUCAGCAAGCGAGAACUACAACUCUUCUUCAUCUCAAGAGACAUCAAGACACCAAAACUCCUGGAGCAAGUACUCAUUCCUGUAG